AACAAAACCUGUUCAUACCUUAGCAAAAUCAAUUGUUGUUUCCCAGGUUUUUUGCUUGCUUUCGUUUCUUCUUUCCCAAAGCCCUGAUGUCUUGUAAUUAUUUCAAGAAUCUCUCCCUUUUGUUAAUUAAUUUUUGAGAAAAAUCAUGUAGUGCAUAUUUUGGUAGAGCUAGCCAAAGACAUAAUCAGUAGCUGUUGAUUUAGAUUUAUGUUUUGGGAAAGAGAUAUGAAUGAUAUGGGAUCCAUCAAGGAGGAGUACUUGGGAUCUACAAGUACUUCAUCAGCAUCGUUUACAGACAGAAGGAGUGUUCCUCAACCAAUGGAAGGGUUACAUGAGACAGGCCCCCCACCAUUCUUGAGCAAGACUUAUGAUUUGGUCGAAGAUCCAACCACAAAUGAGAUUGUUUCUUGGAGUAGAGGCAACAACAGCUUCAUUGUCUGGGAUCCUCAGACCUUUGCCAUGAAUCUCCUUCCUAGGUAUUUCAAACACAACAAUUUCUCAAGCUUUGUCAGACAGCUCAACACUUAUGGGUUUAGGAAGGUUGAUUCAGACAAAUGGGAGUUUGCAAAUCAACGGUUUUUGAGGGGACAAAGGCAUCUUUUGAAGGAUAUAAGGAGAAGAAAGACUCCAUCCACUUCCAAUUCUAACCAAGCCAAUCUAGACUCAUGUGUUGAGGUGGGAAGGUUUGGACUGGAUGCAGAAAUUGAUCGGUUGAGGCGGGACAAGACUGUCUUGAUGGUGGAGCUUGUGAAACUGAGACAACAACAGCAGAAUACAAAAUCAUACCUCAAAGAACUCGAGCAAAGGGUUAGAGGCACUGAACUCAAACAGCAGCAAACGAUGAGUUUCUUGGCAAGGGCAUUACAAAACCCCACUUUCUUGCAGCAGAUAGUCCAGAGGAAAGAGCUCGAGGAGCAAAUAAGCAUGAAGAGACGGAAGAAAAUCGAUCAUGGUUGUCCAUUUAGUGCACACAUCCACGACGACAACGUUGGAGUUGGAGAGUUUGAGGGUGUUGGUGGCAUUUAUGCCAAGGUUGAAGCUCAAGAUCAAUAUGGUGACAUGAAUGGAUUUGAUCAUGAAGAUCAUCAAGAAUUAUUAGGGUUUGAUAGCGGAGAGAAGUCAUCAAUUGGUAAAGGGUUGUGGGAGGAGUUGUUAAAUGAUGGGAUUGGGACAUUUGGUGUUGAGGGAGGAUUUGAUGAAGAGGGUGUAGAUGUUCUAGCUGAGCAAAUGGGGUUCUUGGGUUCUAGCCCAAGAUAAGAGUAAAAUGACAAUCAAGAAUGGGCAAAAUGACAUUUUUAGUUCCA